AUGCAGAAGCCUACGAAACCGGAAGUGAAGCGCGUGACGGUCUCGGUACCGAUACAGGGACCAGCCAAACCGCCGCGUCUGAAGGCCGCCAAAAAGCAUUUGCAAUUCGAGAGUCCACUGCCACGUCGGACACGCACCAGGCAGCAGCAGCGGCAGCAGGGGCAGCUGGGGCAGCCAGACAAAGUCAUUGCUAUGCCGAGCAACAGCCAGGAUGCGGACACGGAUGCGGCAGCGGAAGCUGGAGUGGACGUGCCAGAAACGGAGCCACUGGCCGGGCCAGUGCCAGUGGUCGAGCUAGCAGCCAGCCAGGAUUCAGUGUCACAGUCGGCGGCCAUAAAAAGACGUCUCGCCGAGGGCUGCAGCCGUCUUAUGUAUGCGUGUCAGCGCGGCGACAUUGUCCAAGUGCUCGCCCAGAUGCGCGCCAAGCCUCAGCUGCUGCGGCAACGGGACCGCAGCAAUCGCAACGCGCUGCAUUAUUGUGCGGCGCAGGACCUGGAGCAGACAAGAGACCUCGUGGCGGCGGCCAGCAUCGCCAUCGCAGCCCCCGAGCUGCUGGAGUCCGCCGAUGAGGAUGGCUUCACGCCGCUUCACUUGGCUGUUAUUCAGGGCAACUUGGCGAUGGUCAAUUUGCUGCUAGCGAACAAAGCCGACGUGAAUGCGGUGGACAAUGAGGGUCACUCGGUGGUGCACUGGGCAACGGUUUGCGGCGAGGUGGAGUCGCUGCGCGCCGUGCUGUCCGCCGGUGCCAAUGUCGCCCAGCCGGACGUGAAUGGCGGCACUCCGUUGCACUAUGCCGCCCAGAUGUGCGGCGCCAGCUACGACAGCAAGCAGCAGUCGAGCAGCAGCAGCAGCAGCAGCAGCUCCAGCAAACUGGCCCUCGAGAUACUCGGCAUUCUGCUCUCCCAUCCGCAGAGCAGUGUCGAUGUGCAGGACAAGGACGGCAGGCAGCCGCUGCUGUGGGCUGCCUCGGCGGGCUCCGCCAAGGCGGUCAUUGCACUGGUCAAGGCGGGCGCCCGUGUGGAGAGUGCCGACAAGGAUGGACUGACGGCGUUGCACUGCGCCGGCUCGCGGGGCCACACCGAGUGCAUCGAUACGCUGAUCAGCCUGUGCGGCGCCCCAACCGACCUCAUCGACUCGAAUGGCUGCACGGCGCUGCACUAUGCCGUGACCCUGGGCCAUGCCGACUCCACGGCCCGUCUGCUGGACCUGGAGGCGGAUCCGAAUCGGCAGGACCGCAAGGGACGCACGCCCGCGCACUGUGGCUGCGCCAAGGGCCAGUUCGAGACGUUGAAGCUGCUGAAGGAGCGCGGCGCGAAUCUGUGGCUGCGGAACGCCAAGGGCGACCUGCCGCUGCACGAGGCAGCUGCCUCCGGGCGCAGGGAGCUGGUCGAAUGGCUGCUGGCGCAGCGCUCCAAGCAGGUGAACACCACCAGCAACGAUGGCCGCAGCCUGCUGCACAUUGCGGCGGCCAAUGACUACACGGACAUGUGCAAGCUGCUGCUCGACUAUGGCGCGGACGUGAAUGCCGUCUAUCGCAACUCCCGGGGCCUGGUGCUGACCCCCCUCGAUGGGGCACUGCAGCGCGGCCAUCGCUCGACGGCCAAGUUCCUGCAGGCGAACGGCGGCCAGCCCUCGAACAAGGUGAAGCUCACCACCAGGCGGGGCAAUCCGUUCCACGAAGCCAAUGCGGCCGAUCUGGUGCGACCGCUCAAGUACGUGGAGAAGGAGGAGCUGCAGGAUCUGCGCAGCUCCAAGAAGUAUGUCGUGUAUCUGAAGCAAACGGAUGCGGGCCGAGAGGAUGCCGAUGCGGAUGCGGUCUGCAGCUGUGCGGAGGAGACCUACCGCAAGGAGCAGCGGCUGAGGCACGUUUGCCGGCGCCACAAGCGGCGACAGCUGCGCCGGCGCACCAGCAGCUGCGGCGAGUCGAAGCACGAGAAGUGCAGCGAUCUGUGCCGCUCCAAGAGCAACAUCGAGAUCAGACGCCGCCAGUCCAGGGAGCGCUGUGCCAGCUCCAGCGAGUGGGAGGGCGAGGAGUACGACGAGGACUCCUGCGAGAACUGCUGCUACCACAAGCGGCGCAAGGAGCGAGUGGUGUCCCGGAAGCGUUCCACGUCUUCCAGGCGAUCCAAAGAGCAGCCCGACAGCGAUGGGGAUGAGGGCAGUGAAGACAACAAGGGCUCCAGGAAGCAGAUCGAAGUGCAUGGCGACCCACCAGCCAGCAGCGUGGGCAGGGAGCAGCCGGGCAGUGCCCAGCAAACGCCCCCGAACACAGCCAGCAAGGAGAGAACGUUCAUCAAGUCGCCUUCGCAGAGCGCCAAGAGCGAAAAGUCCCUGCAGGCAGAGCCUCUCCAGGCGGGGGAGACGCAUGCCGUGGAGCUCACAGACGAGGAGCAGGAGACGGCCAAGUCUGUGGUGACGCAGGUCGAUGUGCAUCACGAUGCCGAGCAGCUGCCAGCCAAGUCGUCGGAGGAACUGGCACUGGAACAGCCUGCUGCCGAGGAGGUCAAGCAGGAGCAGCAGGAGGAGCAGCAGGAGCAUCAGCCGGAGGCCAAGCUGCAGCUCAGCGAGGAGGAGACACAGCUGGUCUCCAAGGAGGUGGAGCAGGUCAUCAAAAUAGCAGCCACUGCCCUCAGCAGCGAGUCCAAGAGCUCCAGCGAAGAGCCGCCGCCAGAGGUGGCACAGAAUGAAGCUGAAAAGGUGGCAAAAGACAGCCCACCCACGCCCGAGCCAGUAGCCCCUGCACCUGCCACGCCCACAGCGCCAGCUCCAGCCAGUGGCGGUGGUGGGGGGGAAACCGCAGAGCCGGAACCACCAAAGGCUGGGGAGCAGCCUUCAGAAGCAGCAGCAACUCAAGAGGAGCUGGAGCCCCCCUCGGAGCCAGCCAAGCGGCAGGUUGAGCCAAAAAAGCCGCCAACCGCACAGCAGCCACGCCCUGCCACCCAAACGCCAGCCUCAGCCUCAGCCUCAGCGCCAGUCCCAGUCCCAUCUCAGUCUCCAGCUGCCUCCCAGUCCCAGUCCCAGGAGCAACAGCAGCCGCAACGGGAGCAGGAGUCGAGACGUUCGUUCACACUGCUGCCCUCCGAUUCGGCGGACGAUGACCCAGUGGCAGCCCCUGGGGGCAAGGCAAAUGCUUCCGACGAGCCACUGGCCACUGAACGCAAAUCGAGCUUCCAUGUGCUGCAGAGCGACGAGUCCGUGGGAGAGCUGGAGCGUGCAGCGCGUCCCGGACGGAGCGUCGACUACAGCAACAGCAACAGCAACAAAAACAAUCAAGUCUUUCAAGUGGUGGGGGAUGGGAGCGCAGCGGGCAAGCUGCCCAGCGCCGCGGAGCUGGAGCAGAUGGACUACGACUAUGAGGAAUACGACGAGGAGGAGUACGAUGACGAUAUCGAUGGCAUUGACCCAGAGCACGACAGUGCACUGCGUCGCUUCCUGAGCACUGGCCAUCGCCAUGGCGUGGCUGGUGCAGCAGCAGCAGUAGAUGGAGCCACAGCCACAGCCACCAGUGAUGCAACUGGUGCCGCUGAUGCGCUGGCCAGCGGUCGCAAGCGUCGCCUCAAGAAGCGCGUGCGCAGCGGAGCGAAGACGCGCAGCAACUGGAAGAAUGCGCAGGAGACGCGCGACGGCGGCACUGGCGCCCUGACCAGCAAGGAUCAGGACUCGGGCUUCGAGCCCAGUCCGCGCGCAGAGCGUAGCAAAAUUCCCACCCUGCGGUCCGCCCACACGGCCAUGCCACGGCGCCCCAUAUACGCCACGCUCGACGGUCGCUCGUGCAGCAGCCGCCUGGAGAAUCGCAAGCCCGGCGAUAAGGGAGCCUGCGACAUGGCCGCCGUCACGCGCUCCAUUCAGCGCAACAUUCGUAGAUAUUACAUGGAACGAAAGAUCUUUCAGCAUCUGCUGGAGCUGAAAUCGCUGCAGAUACGCUCCAGCAAGCUGAACGAGGCGGUGCUGGUGAAGCGGGCCGUCGACGACUACCACAAAUCGUGUGUGCUGCUGAACGGCGAGACGGGCACCCGGCUGCGGCGCUACAACUUCAGCGAGUACACGUUCAAGAACUUUGAGCUGUUCCUGUACGAGACGCUCAAGGGACUCCAGAAGCCGGGCACCAACAACUUUCAGAACAUCAACGACGUCUACGAGGAGGCGGAGCGACGUCUCAGUCCGGACUACAAUGCCUACGAGAAGGCUCUGCAGUGCACCACGAAGACGCAUCGGUGCCUGCAUGCGGCGCACGCCUACACGGGCAUUCCCUGUGCCGCCUACAUUCCCAUGAUGAAUCACCACACGAUGCCCAAGUUUGGCUUUGGACCCUACAAGAAGACCGGCAGCGUGAGCAGCUUCUUUCUGCCCAAAAUACUCACCAGUGGACGUGCCUCCAGCGGACGGGCUGGCGGUCUGGGCGGCAGCGGCGAUGGCGUUGGCGCUGGCAGCCGUUGCAACCACAAGGUGGCCCUGGAGCUGUCACAUGGCAAGAAUAAGCAACUAAUUUCACUGCCAGCGGAAAAGUUGGACAGCAAUAAACGCUAUUAUGUGACGUUCACUGUUAAGGACUCCUCGGGGCAUGGCAGUGCCAUCGAGUCGCACAAACAAUACCAGAAGCAGCAGCACCACCACCAGCAGAAGCAGCAGCAAUGCGGGAAUACUGCGGGCGAGCCAGGAGGAGGCGGAGGCAAGUAGCCCUCCCGCCGUAUACGUAAUGUGGCAUACAGUCAGUGCGUACAGUCAGCCCUCGUCACUGGCCUCGGCCCCUCAUCCUGCCCCAGAGUCCACUGCUGCUGCUGCUGCUAGCGUUGUUGCUGGCAAAUGCAUUAAAACAAUGCCAUUGCAACAUUUUGUGUCGCUGAUGCUGCUGCUGCUGUUGUUGUUGCUGCCACUGUUGUUGUGACCACCCGUUGUCCGCUGUCCGUUACCGUUUUUUUUUCCCCCGUUUGUUUCCUGUGCCGCUGCUGGCGGAAAACCAUGGAAAAAAUCAGAGGUUAAGCAGGGCAUAUUAGACGCUGCUGCUGCUGCUGCCCCUCCUGCUGACUGGCUCUGCCCAGACCUCUUCCGGGGUAUUUGCCAGUCGAUUCGUGCGCCGUUGCUGCACCCUGCUGCACUUUAAGAUGGCCAACUGCUGAUAAUGGAUGAUGGCGCUGCUCUGCGUCUGUCAGUUGAAGUUGUCACGCCAGCAGCGUUGCAUGCACCAGGAGCAGCAGCAGCAGUAACGGCAGCUUAAAUUAUGUGCUCCGCCAACCCCGGGCCCGUGUGAGUGCUGUGCUCUGCUCCUCCAUUCUGUUUUGUUUUGGUUGUUUUUUUUUUAUAUUUUUUUUUCCGUUUGCUUGUU